AUGCAGGAUAUAAAAAGAAUGGCUCCUGAAAAUAGCUCUUUUGUGAAUGAAUUUAUUCUGAUGGGAUUGACAGACAAGCCUGAUAUCCAAUUACCCCUGUUUUUCCUGUUUCUAGUGAUGUAUAUGGUAAUUGUGUUGGGAAAUUUGGGUUUGAUAACUCUUAUUGUUCUGAAUUCACACCUUCACACUCCCAUGUAUUUUUUUCUCUUCAACUUGUCCUUUAUUGAUUUCUGUUAUUCUUCUGUAUUUACACCCAAAAUGCUCAUGAACUUUGUAUCAAAAAAGAAUAUCAUCUCUUAUAGAGAAUGUAUGGCCCAGUUGUACUUUUUCAGUUUCUUUAUCAUUUCUGAAUGUUACAUGCUGACCUCAAUGGCUUAUGAUCGCUAUGUGGCCAUCUGUAAUCCACUGUUAUAUAGCAAGGUCAUGUCCCCUAGAGUGUGUUGCAACCUAAUGCUUGGUUCAUACCUAAUGGCAUUUACUGGUGCCAUGGCCCACACUGGAUGCAUGCUGAGAGUGGCCUUCUGUGAUGCAAACACCAUCAACUACUAUUUCUGUGACAUUUUCCCUUUGCUUGAGCUCUCCUGCACCAGCACCUAUGUCAAUGAAUUGGAGGUGUUCAUUGUGGUGGGGAUCAACAUCAUUGUGCCCAGUGUCACCAUCUUUGCCUCUUAUGGUUUCAUUCUCUCCAAUAUUCUUCAACUAAGGUCCAUGGAGGGCAGGUCCAAAGCCUUCAGCACCUGCAGUUCCCACAUAAUUGCAGUUUCUCUGUUCUUUGGAUCAGGUGCAUUCAUGUAUCUCAAACCUUUCUCUGCUGGAUCUAUGGAUGAGGGAAAAAUCUCUUCUCUUUUUUAUACUAUUGUGGUACCUAUGAUGAACCCUUUAAUCUACAGCUUCAGGAACAAAGAUGUUAAAGUUGCCCUGAAAAAAACUGUGAGCAGGGGAAAGUUUUGA